UGCGAUGGCCUCUUCUUCUUCUUCAUCUUCUCAAGUGAAGUAUGAUGUUUUCCUCAGUUUCAGAGGUGAGGACACUCGAGACAAUUUCACCAGCCACCUCAAUGCAGCUUUGUGUUGGAGAAAGAUUGUUACUUUCAUCGGUGGUGAACUUGUAAGAGGAGAUGAGAUUUCACCAUCUCUUUUGAAUGCAAUUGAAGGAUCAAAGAUUUCAAUUAUUAUUUUCUCUAAGGGUUAUGCAUCUUCUACAUGGUGCCUCCAAGAGCUUGUACAGAUCCUCAAUUGCAAGAGAAUGUUCGGUCAGAUUGUGAUUCCAGUGUUCUAUCAUGUAAAUCCAUCAAAUGUAAGGAAGCAGUCAGGGACUUAUGGAGAUGCAUUUCGUAAGCAUGAAGUAAGAUAUAGCAAGAGGAAAGAGAUACUGCAGAUAUGGAGGAAUGCUUUGACGGAAGCAGCCAAUUUAUCUGGCUUUGAUUCAAAUUCCAUCAGGCCUGAAUCGAAACUUAUAGAGACAAUUAUUGAAUAUAUUCUGGAGAGAUUGAAUGAUAUGUCUUCUAGCAAUAAUAAGAACUUGGUUGGAGUAGCGAUGAAGAUACAAAAAAUUAUAUCUUUAUUGUUUAAUAACUCAAACAAAGUAUGCAAGGUAGGACUUUGGGGUAUGGGUGGUAUAGGCAAGACGACACUUGCUAUUGCAGUCUUCAAUGAAAUCUCAAGUCAGUUUGAAGCUUCGUAUUUUAUACCAAAUAUUAGGGAAGCAUCAAAUAAACAUCAACUACAUCAUUUGCAAAAAGAACUUCUUUUUGCAAUAUUAGAGGAUGCACAUAUCAAUAUAAGACUCACAUUCGUAAAAGAAAGGCUUGGAUGUAAAAGAGUUCUUAUUGUUUUUGAUGAUGUGACAAAUUUGAAACAAGUAAGAGAAUUGAUUGGAGAUCUUGAAAACUUGGGUUAUGGAAGUCGAAUCAUUAUAACCACAAGAGAUAAACAAGUGCUAAAAAAUUGUGGAUUGAAUGAUUCUCCCAUAUAUGAGGUCGAAGGAUUAGGUAGUGAUGAAUCCCUUCAACUAUUUAAACAACACGCUUUCAGACAAAACCAUCCAAUUGAUGAAGUUUACUUGAAAAUUUCAGAAAGAGUAAUAAGUUAUACUAAAGGUUUGCCUUUAGCUCUUGAAAUCUUAGGUUGCUUUCUACUUGGUAGAGAAAAAUAUGAAUGGGAAAGUGCAUUGGAUGAAUUAAAAAAAUCUCCAAAUGAGGUUAUCCAAACGUUGCUUAAGAUCAGUUAUGAUGGAUUAUCUGAUAAAGAGAAGACUCUAUUUUUAGAUAUUGCAUGUUUCUUUAAAGGAUGGGAUAAAUAUUUAGUCGGUACCCUCGGUUCACAUAUUGGAGUAUGUGUUCUUGUUGAUAAAGCUCUUAUAACUAUUUCACACAACACCAUAGGAAUGCAUGAUUUGAUUCAAGAAAUGGGUUGGGAAAUUAUCCGACAAGAGCCUAUCAAUAAACUUGGCCAACGUAGUCAAUUGUGGCAUCAUGAUGAUGUAUAUUCCGGAACUGAUAAAUUAAGAGGUAUGCUCUUUAAUAUGGUUGAAAUGAGAGAAAUACACUUAAAUCCUCAUACUUUCUCAGAAAUGGCUAAUCUAAGAUUCUUGAUAGUGAAUAACUUCGAUUUGAGACACGAUAAUAAGGUUCAUGGUUUUGACAACAUUGAGUUUGAUUUCUCAGAGUUAAGAUGCCUCUGUUGGGAUCAUUCCCCCUUCCCAUCACUGCCUUUGAAAUUUGAUCCUGAUAACCUUGUUGUACUUAAGAUGAAAAACAACAAUCUUGAACAACUUUGGACGGGUAUUAAGAAUCUUGCUCAUUUAAAAUACAUUGACCUAAGUUACUCAAAACAUCUACUUAAAGUCCCAGAUCUCUCAAAGGCUCAAAAUCUAGAGUGCUUGAUUCUAGAAGGCUGUACAAGUUUGUUUGAGAUCACUACUCCUUCUCGGAAUCUCAAUAAACUUGUUAAUUUGAAUCUAAGAAAUUGCAAAAGCCUUAUCAGUCUUCCAAAUGGCAUCUGUAAGUCAAAGCUACUGAAAUACCUUCGUAUCUCUGGUUGUUCGAAACUUGAAAGAUUGCCUGAGGACUUACGAAAUUUAGAGAGCUUGGAAGUACUAGAAGCUAUUGGAAUAUCUGUGAGAACUAUCUUCAAUUAUGUCUGUCUUACAGAGUUACCCAAUGAUAUUGACAAGCUGUCCUUACUCGAAGAUUUAGAAUUGGAAGGAAAUAAUUUUCAGAGCAUCCCAUCAAACAUCAUGAACCUUUCCAAGUUACAGAUCCUUAACAUAAGGUUUUGUAAUAGGCUUCAAUCCUUACCAAAGCUUCCACGUAAUAUAGAAGAACUUAGGGCAGAUGGUUGCAAAUUGCUAAAAGCAUUAUCAGAUACAUUUUGCCUGUUCAAACAUGAAAAUAAGGGAGCUGGCAAGCCACAAGGUGUUAUGUGUUUCCCUGGAAGUGACAUCCCAGAGUGGUUUAACAUUCAAAGUAGCGGAUCAUCUAUAAAGCUACCGCAAGGUUUAUUCAAUAAGAAGUUUCUGGGUUUGGUCUUUUGUGUCAUUGUUGAAGUUGAAGAUAAUUAUAAUCUUGAUAAUUUCUUGAAUGUUGUGUAUGAGUUGCAAGUGAAAGGCGUAGAUGUGUACAUAACAUGUGAUAAAAAACUUCUUUCACUUGGACCCAUGUAUAUUAAAUCGGAUCAUGUAUUACUUGGAUAUAAUUGUAAUUCAUUGGAUAAUGAACUUUUUGAAUUACCUUGUGAUAAGGAAGCCAUUAUCUCUUUCAAUCCCAAAAACAAUUUAGAGAAGUUUGGGGUUGGAGAUAUAAUGGAGUCUAGGGUAAAAAAUAUCAAGAAGUGUGGGGUUCGUUUAUUGUUCACUGAAGAGUUUGAGGAACCUAUGAAAAGAUCAAGAUGUUCUAUCUUUGAUGAAGAAGAUCCAGAGGAAGAAUGUAACAUCCACAGAUAUGUCUAA